AUGUCCCCGCUUGCAUCCACUGAGAAUUCGAAUCAGCAGUCGCGACGUGUGAGGGUGUCGCGUGCGUGCGUCGCUUGUCAACAGAAGAAGCAGAAGUGUGACGGGCAGACUCCUGCUUGUAGGAACUGCCGCCGAACGAACCGAGUCUGUGUGAGCCAAGAUCCCUCGACUAAGCGACGACAUCCUCGCGGGUACAUUGAGUACCUGGAACACCAUAACUCCUCGCUCGAAAAUCAUGUCGCGAGUCUCGAGCAGACUAUCAGCGAGUUGCAACCUCAUCUCGCACUAGAUGAGCUCGCACAGGAAACUUCAUCCUGGCAUGAGCAGGAUCAAAACGCUCUCGCAUUGCACAGUCAGUCGCGAGAAACCGUCGAAAACUUAUUCCGAACAUCAGAUCCCAGUCCUUCAGCGACAUGUACCACAAGUGGCCGCGAGCAAUCACAACAAGCGGACAAUGCGAAUGAGGACCUCUCAAACCUUGAGCUCUUAUGUCUACGCUCUGCUGGCGCUGAGCCUCAUUUCUUUGGUGCGACAUUCGGGUAUCCUUUUGGGAGGAUAUUCUCUGCCACCUUGAAGGCGGUUCGCCAACAAGCUCCUGGAUUGAGUGUCACCGGCAUCGUAGACGAAACUUCCCUGGAUAGAACACGUCCGGCGCCAGCACCACUGCCGAAUAGAACAAUCGUCAAUAUGUUGACCACAGCCUAUUUUGACCAAGUCCACCCACAGUUUCCUUUCCUCCAUCGUCCAUCUUAUCAGGAGCGCGAAGAACAAGUGCUGUCAGAUGCGGAGUCGGGAAAGACCCCAAACCCUAUUGACGCCUUCUUUGUUUACAUUCUCUGCUCCAUUGGCGCACUGACUGGUCCCCUGGCGGGUGCUACACUUCCUCAGGGUUUAUAUAUGAGCGCAGAGAACUUGCUCGAUCAUGUGAUGCAGAAAAAUUCGCUAGAGUCGAUCCAGGCUAUCCUAUGCUGUGCUAUGUACUCUAUGCGAUCGCCAGUUGGCGUCUCCAUCUGGACUCUUUCAGGCAUGGCCCUUCGUCAGUGUAUUGAACUUGGGUUGCAUCGUAAAAUACGCUGGUCGACAAUGGAUACAAAUACACUGAAAAACGAAAUGCGCAAGCGAGUGUUUUGGUGUUCAUAUAACCUCGAUCGAGCCGUUGCUAUGACACUAGGACGACCGGUGGGAAUAUCAGAUUGCGAUGUGACGGUUGAGCAUUUUGCCGACAUCAAUGACGAAAACAUUACGAAAGAGGGAUUUCUAAAGGAUGCGCGUACUCUACAAACAGAGCCAUCAACGACUGUCUCGUGUGCACUUCACACUAUUCGGUUGCGCCAGCUGUGGGGCAGAAUACAGAACGAAGUACAUCCUCAAGUCACCGCUGAGGCGUCCAAAGAUUGGUUUGCCACAACCAUUAGGUUCAAAAAAGAGCUCAACUUAUGGCUAGAAGCCUCCCCUCCCCGAUUGACCUCAAGUAACGCAAAGAGCAGCGCAUUUGGUGGCACGGAAUGGUUUUCACUCAUGUAUCACCACACCGUUCAUCUCCUCUACCGAUAUCGCGUCGUUAACAAUCCCGAUAUUGAGACGGCGCCCAUAGUAUAUACGGAGUGUGCACAUUCUGCACAGGCUAUUACUAUGAUAUACCGACAGCUUUAUGUCAGCCAACGCCUCAAUGACACCUGGGGAGCUCUCCAUACCCUCUUCCUAGGUGCAGUGACCUUUCUGCAUUGCCUGUGGGUGAGCGCCGAGACCAGAGAGCUGUACAGACACGACAAAGUUUCUGCCAUUUGCACUUCGACCCUUAUUGUUCUAGCCAUCAUGACCGAACGUUGGUCGGCCGUUGAAGCGUACCGUGAUUGUUUUGAAGUACUUUCCAGGGAGACACAGACCAUGCUGGCAGAACUCGCCUCUGCCACUUCUGCACCUCACCUGCCUGUGAUCAGCUCAGGGAGCAAUGAUCAAUUUUACGGUUACCUUUCACACAUGAAUCAAGUCGGCAUGUGCACGUCGGUGGAAGAGUUAUUAGCAAGUAUGGUAGAAUGA